AUGGCGUUUACAAUGCACUCCCACUCGGGCCAGUUUUGCAGCCACGCUGUAGACCAGCUCGAGGACAUUAUCAAGCACGCCAUUUCGGUCGGCUUCAAGACGAUUGGUCUCACGGAGCACAUGCCGCGCUACCAUGAGAGCGAUCUGUACCCAGAAGAGCUCAUAAGCUCCGGCGCCGAAGCCGCGCUCGCCGCGCUUCCUCGCCGCCACGAGGCGUACCUCGCCGAGGCGCAGCGUCUGCAGGCCGCCUACGCGUCCCAGAUUCACGUCCUCAUCGGCUUCGAGGCCGAGUUCAUCCGGCCCGCGUACGGUCCGCUCGUCACCCAGCUCGCCGCCGCGUCGCCCUGCGUCGACUACUUCAUCGGCUCCGUGCACCACGUCCACGGCGUGCCCAUUGACUACGACGCCGCCACGAUGCGCGCCGCCAUUGCCGCCUCGUCGCGCGGCACCGAGGAGGCGCUCUACGAGGACUACUACGACCUGCAGCACCAGAUGCUCGCGGCGCUGCGGCCUCGCGUCGUCGGCCACUUUGACCUCGUGCGUCUGCUCAGCGAGGAUCCGGCCCGGGAUGUGCGGCAGUGGACGGGGGUGUGGGAGCGCGUCCGGCGCAACUUGAGGCUAGCGGCUGAGCAGGGCGCGUGGCUCGAGUGCAACAGCGCGGCGCUGCGCAAGGGCCUGGCGGAGCCGUAUCCGUGUCGCGUCAUUGCAGAGGAAUGGCUCAGACUCGGCGGCAAAUUCACAUUGUCCGACGAUAGUCACGGCAUCGGCCACGUCGCCACAAACUAUCUCGGCGCCGUCAAAUACCUGCAGAGCCUCGGCGUCGAGCACGUCUGGACGUUUCGGCGACGUCCGCAUCCAUACGCGUCAGAUCAAGGCCGCGCGACGCUCGAGGAUGUCGCGGUGCCGCUGGCCGAGAUUCGCGCGCAGUUUGAGCCUGUUGCCGAGCAAUAA